AUGGCUCGUCCCAGAGCUCUCUCCGGCGCGGAUGGGGCCAAGGAGCCCCAUUCCCUUUCGCUGACCGAUGAUCACGAUGACGAUGAAGUCUUACGGCUCUCGCGGCCAUCCUUCUCGUACCAGUAUCCUCUGCCGGAAGAAUUCGCCAACAUCCCAGUUGAAGCAUCGCUCAGCUAUCCCGUCGGAAACUUGGACAAGCAGUUCAUGCUAAGCCCUAACCUCGCGCUACCUCCGUCGUUUGGCUCCGCAUACGUCGGCGAAACCUUCGCGUGCUCCCUGUCGGCCAACAACGAGCUCCGGGACGAAGGAGGAGGAGGAGGAGGAGGAGCGUCGCGCGUCGUCACGGCGAUCCGUCUCGUCGCGGAAAUGCAAACGCCCUCCCAGAUCGUCCCGCUCGAGCUGCACGACGCCCACGACGAGCUGCAGCAGGCAGCCGACGCCAGGCUCGGCGCGGGAAUCGCCCGCGUGGAUUCGAUCCAGCGCAUCGUCCGCUUCGAUCUGAAGGAGGAGGGCAAUCACGUUCUGGCGGUGAGUAUCAGCUACACGGAGACCUUGACAACAGCAGCAGCAGCGGCGGCGAUGACAACGACGACAGGUGUGGGCGUGCUGGGCAGCGGCGGCAGUGGCAGUGGCGUCCAAGCGUCGGGCGGGAGGGCGCGGACGUUCCGGAAGUUAUACCAGUUUGUUGCGCAGCCCUGUUUGAACGUACGGACCAAGGCCACGGAGUUGGCGGCGCGCGAAGUGGAUAACCGAUCGCUGGGGCCGUAUGGGAAAAGUAAAUUACAGCGGUUUGUGCUGGAGGCGCAACUGGAGAAUGUGGGCGAUGAGAUCAUUACGCUUGGGGUAUGUACGUGCCUGGGCCACUAG